UAGUAGUCGUGCAAAAGUGGGAUGUUUCUGAACCAACUUUCCAACGACCGUAUUUGACUCUCGCCGCUCACCUCUUUUGCACAUGUUCACGUCUGGCCAAUCUGUUUCUUCUGCAGCUUUUGGAUUUUGAUCAAUUUUGGAAUCUAAUUAUUAGUGAAAGAUGGCGUCAAUCAACGCUGGUGCAACCUUUAAAGUAAGCAGGAAAAACCCCGAGCUAAUCCGGCCGGCGAAGCCCACUCCUCAUGAAUUGAGAAUCCUCUCCGACAUCGACGACCAAGACGGCCUCCGUUUUCAGAUGCCGCUGGUACUAAUUUACCGGCAUAGCCCCUCCAUGGAAGGGAGAGAUCCGGUUAGGGUUAUCCGCGACGCUGUCGCCAAGGCACUGGUCUUCUACUACCCUUUCGCCGGCCGGAUUAGGGAAUUCGCCACCAGGAAACUCGUGGUGGAGUGCACCAGCGAGGGGGUGUUGUUCGUUGAGGCCGACGCCGACGCCACUCUGCAACAGCUCGGCACGCUUCUACCGCCGAUCCAGAACCUGCGCGAGCUGCUCUACGAUGUCCCCGGCGCCGCAGGAGUCAUCGAUUGCCCUUUGAUGCUUAUUCAGGUUACACGCUUACUCUGUGGUGGAUUUGUCUUAGCCUGGCGCUACAGUCACACCAUGAGCGACGCUGGAGGGAUUCUCCAAUUCUUCACAGCAGUAAGCGAACUUGUUCGUGGUGCUGAACGCCCUUCUGUUCUACCGGUUUGGGAGAGACACAUCCUCUGUGCUCGUUACCCACCACGCGUGACACUGAGACACCCUGAGCAUGAUAUCGUGAUUGACACUAAGCAAACCAUUAUCCCACAUGAUCGCAUGAUGCGUCAUUUUUUCUUCGGUCCAACUGAGAUCUCCAUCCUUCACCAGAGCUUACCUCCGCACCUCCACAGUUGCUCCAGGUUUCAAAUUGUGACAGCCUGCAUGUGGCGCUGCCGUACAAUUGCCACCUUUUCUCACCCUAACGAAGAUGUUAGAUUGCUCUGUGUUGUGAAUAUUCGUAAGCGAUUGAACCCACCUCUCCCAGAAGGGUACUAUGGUAAUGCUAUUGUUUACCCUGCAGCAGUAACCACUGCUGAGAAGUUGUUGAAAAACUCAUUGCAUUAUGCAGUAGAGCUAGUGAAGAAGGCGAUACAUGAAGCAACAGAAGAAUAUGUGAAAUCAGUUGUGGAUUUGAUGGUGUUGAGAGGACGACCGAAUCUCACUGGGCCGCGAACUUAUUUGGUGUCCUAUGCAAAGGGUUUUGAAGAAGUGGAUGUUGGUUGGGGAAAGCCCGCAUACGGUGGAGUGGCAAGAGGGGGUGUGGAUUCAUUUCCGCGUGCAGUUAGUUAUUUUAUGCCCUUUAAGAAUAGCAAGGGUGAGGAUGGGAUAAUGGUCCCCUUAUGCUUACCACCAAAAGCCAUGGAUGUACUCAUCCAUGAGCUUCAGAAGAUGUUGCUUGGUCGAAGCUCAAUUGCUUCAGCGCUGUAAGUGUGGAUCCUCUGUAUAGAACUAACUGCAACACCUACGAGUGUUACUCGUAGGUGGGUGUGCUUUGAAUAGCUCGACUCCAAAUUGUUAGUAAUUAUAUAUAUAGGGAUGAGUUAUGUAUAUCUUCUCGAUUCAUCAUUCAGUAGUGUAUAUUCUUCUAUUCA